AUGUUAGUCUGUUCAAACUGUAUUGUGCGGUUAACUCCAUUGGUAUGCAAAUAUCUAGCCACGUCUUCUUUAUCCACAAUAUCGUCGAACUCAUGGCUAGCGCAUAAUAACGUCCUUGGCUAUUCGUUUCGAACAAACCUAUUCAAUUCCUCACAAUCAAAAUCUAUAACUAUUUUGUCACUACCACAUACACGCUCGUUUCAUACAUCAAAUAAACGAGAUAAAAAAGAUUACUAUGACGUAUUAGGUGUGCCGAAAACAGCCACUGCAAAAGACAUCAAGAAAGCUUAUUAUUCUUUAGCCAAAGAAUAUCAUCCAGAUACGACACAGAAGAAAGAUGCUGCGACGACGAAAAAAUUUCAGGAAGUUUCAGAAGCUUAUGAAGUUUUAAGCGACGAAACAAAGCGAAAAAACUAUGAUACGUAUGGAAUGAGUGGUAGCCCAUUUGGAUCAGGCGAUGGUGCAUCAUAUCCUGGUGCAGGUAGUCGUACUGGCCCAGCCGGUCAAGGCGAUUUUCGCGGCUACGAAUACUAUCAAUCUCAGGUGGAUCCCGAAGAAUUAUUUCGAAAAAUUUUUGGUGAUGCAUUUAGUCGAGGAGGUUUUGGUAAUCAUGAAUGGAUGAAUGAAGCACAAGAGAAUCAAUUUGGAAAGCAAGGCAUCACUCAAUUAGCGCUUGACUUAACAUUUCAAGAAGCUGUUCGUGGCUGUAAUAAAGAAGUCAAUGUUCGUAUUAUCGAUACAUGUCCAACCUGUAAAGGUUCUCGGUGUGCUGCUGGCAGUCAACCACAAAAAUGUCGAACGUGCAAUGGAACGGGCAUGGAAACCAUCGAAACUGGCCCGUUCUUUAUGCGAGCAACGUGUCGAACAUGUCAUGGUCGAAGAGAAACAAUUUCAAGACCAUGUCUUGAAUGUUCCGGAAAAGGCAAAACUGCACAGAAGAAAUCUGUUACUAUACCAAUACCAGCUGGUGUGGAAGAUGGACAAACCAUGCGAGUUAACAUGGGCUCAUCGGAAGUUUUCGUCACGUUUCGAGUGAAAUCGAGUGAAAAAUUUCGAAGAGAUAAAGAAGAUAUUCAUAGUGAAGCCGGUAUUUCCAUCGUUCAAGCCAUACUUGGCGGUGCGAUUAAAGUACCAGGAAUCUAUGAAGAUCAUGUUCUACAGAUUCCACCUGGUACACAAUCCCAUCAUCGUUUCCGUUUGAUUGGUAAAGGUAUUAAACGUUUACAUAGUCCAGGUACCGGUGAUCAUUAUGUUCAUAUCAAAAUCAAAGUCCCUUCACGAUUAACCGCUGAACAAAAAGCAUUGGUAUUAUCGUAUGCUGAAUUAGAUAAAGACACUGAUGGAACAAUCAAUGGUUUGACACAGACAAAAUCAGGAAAUCGAGUUAUCAACGAAGAUGAUUACCCACUAUUGAAAUCUGUAAGACAAGCAUUGUCUAAUCUACCGUUGGGUAGUAAAAAAGUGGCUGAUACGAUUGAUGAACGAGAAACCGACACAAAACGUAACGCAACAGCUAAAAAACAAUAA